CCCUUUUAAAUGGGGGGAAGCUGUAUUAACUUAUUUUAAGUGUUUUUCUUUGCUGCCAGAAAGGCAGCCCGCGGGCUCAUUCAGCAGCAUGGCGAUGGAUGAUGGGCAGUCGGUGCCAAUUUCAUGAGCUAAAGUGGAACUCUGAAUUCCAUCUGAUCACGUGACUUAAAAAGUGUAGAAUUAUCGACGGACAAAAAGAACGGACACUUAGCCGAGUGCGGCACGGCGACAGUUAAUGGGCCCGAGGCGUGAGGCUUUUUUGCAUACUGGAAACAAGAGCGGCUCCGAUGUUUGCCUGUCAUCACAUCACAUGACUCUGCUCUGACUCAAGCACAGAGUCAGGAGGCCAGAGAAUGGGCAACUCCUCCGGCAAAGGCGAGGGAGAUGAGGAGGAGGAGGAGGAAGAGGAGGAGAAAGAUGGCGAAGAGGUGGAAAUAGUGCAGAAGAAAAAGAUCAAAGAAGAAGAAGUCGAAGAAGAGCUUCCUUUGGGGGUGGAUGAAUUGUUGGAGAGUGGAGAUCCCGUGUUGGAUUUAAGCUACCGUAAAUUUAAACGUUUACCUGCUCGUGUUUGUGGACUGAUGCAUUUGGAAAAGCUCUACGUUUGUGGGAAUAGCCUGCGCGCUCUUCCCGACGGUAUAACUCAGCUCCAAGGUCUUCGGAUUCUGGCCCUGGACUUCAACAAGAUGGAGGAUGUUCCUCUUGCCAUCUGCCAGCUGGCUAACCUCAGCCGUCUCUACCUGGGCAGCAACCGUCUUAUGACGCUGCCACCCGAGCUGAAGAACCUGCGAUGUCUCCGCUGCUUGUGGCUGGAGAGCAACUACUUCCAGUGGUUUCCCAAAGAGCUGUACGAACUUCCCAACCUCAAAUCCUUGCAGAUAGGUGACAAUCGACUGAAGACGUUGCCUCCUGACCUUUGCCGCAUGGAGAAUUUAAGAGGACUGUGGCUCUACGGGAAUCGCUUCCAAACCUUUCCGAAAGUCCUCCUGAGCAUGGACGGCUUGGAGAUUCUGGACCUUGACCGCAACAAAAUAUCCGAGUUCCCCAACCUGAAGCGCAUCACAUCCCUUCGUCUCUUCUCUUACGACCACAAUCCGGUCAAGGAGCCUCCUAAAGUGGGAGAUGAGGUGACAGUAGUUGGAGAAGGUGCAGCGGAGUUCUUGGAGGAACGUGAGGCUAGGAAGGACAGGCAGCGCAAGGAGGCAGAAGAGGCUGCUCUGGCGGGCGAAGAGCCCAUCAUUCACGGCAUCUUGAAGAACAGCGGCUCCAGACAAGCCGCUAACGAGGACAACUUCAAGGAAGGAGAAGGGGAGGAGGCUGAAUCUCCCGUCUUUGAAUACGACGGUGGCGAGUUGGAGUAUGACGACGAGGCAUUUGAGUAUGAAACCGAGGAGCUGAUCUGUGAGGGGGAUGCUUUGGACUAUGAGGGUGAGGAGCUGGAGUAUGACAGGGCUUAUAUGGACUAUGAGUACGAGGAGGAAAUGGAAAAGAAGGUGGAGGUAUAAGAUCACAGAUCUCUUUCCAGACUGAAAAGCUCUGUCUGCAGGUUUCAGUUUACUAUGAAUCGGAACAGUGAGUGGCUUAUUUUUAACACAUUUGCUGUCAUUUAUAGCGAUAAACGUCUAAUCAACAUUAACUGGGAAUCUCAAUGGGGUGCUAUGUCGGGACCUACUCGGGAGUCUUAAUGACAACACUACAGUUGUUACUGAUCAAACGUCCCAAUUUGCAUUACGGCAGAAUACCGGUAAC